GACAACACAUAAUCCUGCCUCGACCUUUUUGUGUUAUUAUAUCACAGCUAGGAAGAAAGUAGGGCCAAAAACAGGACAGUCCUAUCCAACAACAAUGAUGCUGGGGAGUCGACCAACUUUCUGCCGUACGUUUGGAGUGUUAAAGAGGCUAAAAAGCACAUUAGUUAUUGUUGAACACAACAAUGAGAAACUCGCACCGUGCACCUUAAAUGCUGUGACAGCUGCGUCAAAAAUUGGAGGCGACAUCUCAUGUCUUGUAUUUGGAAAAAACUGUUCUAAGGUUGCACAGGAAGCCAGCAAACUAAAGGGUGUUUCCAAAGUACUGUUAGCUGAAAGUGAUGUCUUCAAUGGAUUUUUACCUGAGGCAGUAACACCAUUUUUGGAAGCCACACAAAAGCAGUUUAAAUUCACUCACAUUCUAGCCCCAGCUACUGCCACUGGCAAGAAUAUUUUACCUAGAUUAGCAGCCAAACUUGAUGUUUCUCCAAUUUCUGAAAUAACUGGUAUCCAAGAUGAGAGCACAUUUAUACGAACAAUUUAUGCAGGUAAUGCUGUACAGACAAUUAAAUCUAGUGAACCAGUCAAGAUUAUAACUGUACGAGGUACAUCGUUUGAAGCUGCAAAGCUAGACGGCAGUGCUGCGGUAGAGAAAGUCCAAUGUGAAGGCAGCAAGAGCUCUUCUUCUGAGUUUGUUGGUCAAGAGUUAAGCAAGAGUGACCGUCCUGAGCUGACCAGUGCCAAGGCUAUUGUUGCAGGAGGUAGAGGCAUGAAGAGUGGAGACAAUUUUAAACUGCUGUAUGACCUGGCGGACAAGCUUAACGCUGCUGUUGGUGCCUCCCGUGCUGCUGUUGAUGCUGGCUUUGUACCCAACGAUAUGCAAGUGGGGCAGACAGGGAAAAUUGUUGCUCCUGAACUUUACAUAGCAGUAGGCAUCUCAGGAGCCAUCCAGCAUUUAGCUGGGAUGAAAGACAGCAAAGUUAUUGUGGCAAUCAACAAGGAUCCAGAGGCACCAAUCUUUCAGGUCGCAGACUUUGGAUUGGUGGAAGAUUUGUUUAAGGCUGUCCCAGCAAUGACUCAAUUACUCAGCAAGAAAUAAGGGAAACAACUACAGCAUGACCAAGUUGUUUUUUUAUCACACAAGCCUAUCCCUGUGAUAGAAAUAUUCUAUUUCUUUUUUUUUUAUAUUGAGGUUGCAUUUAAACCAAUUUUAAUGGUUUUCUUAGACUGAAAAAAAUGUUGUUUGAUUAUUUGCAUUGCAAAGACUUUACUGCAAUACCAUAUAAUCAGUGUCACAAUAUUUGAUCAUAAUUCUUGUGUUGAACAUUAUCAUACUUUUGAAAGCCAGAAUGUAUGCUUGUAUUUAAGUAUUGACAUAUUGCAGUAAUUAAGCUAUGUAGUCAUGUCUAAAAUUGUUAUGUUUAGGUGAAUAAAGUAAAGAUUAAAUUUUUUGUUAGGAUUGUUCAAUCCAAGUAAAAUGAAAUAAACAUUUUAUAUGAACCAUGGAAC